GUAUACAAUGACAGAGAAUAAAAGAUCAACUCGAACUUUUCCAUGUUAUCACGAUAUUUUGGGUUAAUAAAUUUUCGGGACCCCAAACAAUAUGGCAAACACGAUAUUUAUUUUGGGUAAAGAAAGUAAAAUAUUAUGAAUUUAUUCAAAUAGUAUAUAAAUGGAUAAUAUAACUCUUACAUGUUCCCAUUGUUUCAAAAAUCUAUCUAAAUACCUCUAUUCUAUUUCAUUCUCUUUUUUUCAGAUGUUAUAAAUUAUGAUUAAAGGUUCCAAUUUCCCUUCCAUUUAUUUUUAUUUUUUAUUUUAUGGACAUGAAAAAUCAAUAAAUCCAAUCUGGAAGAGUAGCUGUGGUUUACUUAGCUUUCGCUUUCAUUAUCCUAUGGUUUCUCAUGCAUGCAUUGUUUCUAAGUUCUAAAUCAACCAGUCAGCUAAAGAGACUACAUACCUGUGGCCUAUUGAAGCAAUGUCGACCGUCAACGGCUUCCUCACUCCACCCACGGCCAAUCUAUUGAGACGGGCCGCUGCAUUCCAGCCUGUUGCCUCAGCGAAGCUCAGCUCCUCAUCCCCUUCUCCACCGCCCAGCCUCAUCCGGGACAAGCCGGUUUUCGCAGCUCCAGCUCCCAUCAUCCACCGCGCUCCGAGAGAGGACUUGGGAGAAUACUCAUACGAAGAAGCCAUAGCUGAACUCGAAAGACUACUAAGUGUUAAGGGAGAGCUAGCACCUGCUGCAGCAGCAAAAAUCGAUCAAAUCACGGCCGAGCUGCAGACAGAAAACGGCAGCGCCACUCUUUCACCCUCCGUUGAAAGAUUGAAGACCGGUUUCCUCACCUUCAAACAUAAGAAGUACAACUUGAGACCAGGAUUGUACAGCGAGCUCGCCAGAGGCCAGACUCCCAAGUAUAUGAUCUUUGCAUGCUCGGAUUCACGCGUGUGCCCAUCCCAUGUGCUGGACAUCCAACCGGGGGAGGCGUUUGUGGUUCGUAAUGUUGCUAACAUGGUCCCUCCAUAUGACAAGACCCAAUAUUCCGGAGCAGGGUCUGCUAUAGAGUAUGCUGUCCUGCACCUCAAGGUACAAGAGAUAGUAGUGAUGGGGCACAGCGCCUGCGGUGGAAUCAAGGGGCUCAUGUCCUUCCCAUACAACGGAACAUACUCAACCGAUUUCAUCGAAGACUGGGUGAAAAUCGGCUUACCUGCAAAGGCCAAGGUGACAGCUGAGAAUGGAGACACGGCUUUUGGUGAUCAGUGCGUGCUGUGUGAGAAGGAGGCAGUGAAUGUGUCGCUUGAAAACCUGUUAUCGUAUCCAUUUGUUCGACAGGGAGUGGUGAAUGGAACUCUAGCCCUCAAGGGUGCUCAUUAUGAUUUCAUCAAAGGAGGUUUGGAGCUCUGGGCACUCGAUUUCAGCCUUUCCCCACCUGUAUCUCUAUGAACCUGUUAAUAUCGCCCUUGCUUUCCACAAUUCGACUGGUAGUUUCUACUGCUAAAUGCAAGCCCGGUGAUUCCUCAUUUUGUUGUACAGUGCUUCCUGCAAAGCAUAUUUAAUCAUGUAAAAUUGUACAUCAGUUAUAAGAUAUUCAAUUCCUCUACGAGUCCCUAA